AUGGAUUAUGAUGACCUAAAAGAUGGAUCUUCACACUUCUCCAUUAUCGUGAGAGUGGAUCACUGCUUUGUGGCCAUUUGUAACCGUCUGCUCUACACAGCUGCUUUGUCCCAAAAAUUUUGCGCCAUGCUAGUGGUCAGAUCAUAUGCAUGGGGAGUAGCUUGUUCCUUGAUACUCACAUGUUCUGCUAUCAAAUUAUCAUUUCUGAGUUUCAACAAAGUUAAUCAUUUCUUCUGUGAAUUCUCCUCAUUGCAGUCCCUCUCUUACUCUGAUACUUAUGUUAACCAGUUGCUGCUUUUUAUUUUUGCCACCUUUAAUGGGGUCAGCAUAUUACUCAUCAUUCUCGUGUCAUAUGUAUUUAUCAUUGUCACCAUCCUCAAGAUGUGUUCAGCCAGUGGGUGCCCCAAUGCCAUCCCCACCUGUGCCUCACACCUGACCACCAUCACCAUCUUUCACGGCACCAUCCUCUUUCUCUACCAUGUGCACAAUUCCAAAAACUCCAGGCACACAGUCAAAGUGGUGUCUGUGUUUUACACAGUGGUGAUCCCCAUGUUGAAUCCCCUGAUCUACAGUCUGAGAAAUAAGGAAGUCAAGGAUACUCUUAGCAAAAUAAUGGACACUAAAGUCAUUUUUAUUGAGCAUAUUAUUUUAGUAGAAUUUGUCCCUGACAUGUAA